AUGAGGUGGAACAGCCGAAGCCGAAUAAUCGCUGUUCCAUCCAAAUCCCAAAUCGCAUCUUCGGGAUUACGAGGAUCCGGCGGAUUUUUGAAUCAUUUUCAGGAAGGACAAGAAGAAAAGGAAAAACAAAUACCACGAUUUGAGACCUGCGAAUCCGCCGGGGAGGUGAAGCAGACGAUCCGACUUCCGCUUGAUGCUAUGAUAGCCAAGACUCCAGUCCAGGCUCAGAUGAGGCACAUUGGCGUUAAAACAAGCAAAGGCAAGAAGAUCGAGAAUCCUACAAUACACGCUCAUGAAAUUUCGGGGAUCUCGAAAAAUGUACCUGGCCUGAGUCGCCAGUAUGCGGAAGAAACGCGGCUUGUGUGGGCUUCGCUUCGUCCGCGUGCUUUGCCCCUGCGCGAGCUCUAUGUAUUGCUGCGAAUCCAACAGCUCAGCAUCGAUGGCAGGACAUACCGCAAUUGGUAUUUCCAGACAGUCAUUGUUCCGUCGCAACGUGCACUCUCGCCAAGCGAUCGUUACAUCCUUUCCGUCACCCGCAUCUAG